AUGCGCAGGUCCAAUCGGAAACGCAAAGCAGCCUCGGUGGCACUCGAGAAUAACGACACCCCGACCUCGUCGACUGACGGAGCUCAAUCACAAGAAAACUUGAUACGCGACCAUCCAGGGAAGAGCUCGCAACUAUUGCAGUCUACCGAAUCUUUGCCUUCGAAUCCAAAAUCCCCGCUCGGUGUUCGCAGAUCAAGUCGGCGCAACAAGACUUUGGACUCCACUGCGUUGGGGAAAGAGACUAACGAAGAAUGUGAACUUCAAGGAAAGGAUGCCCACGAGGGCAUUGCAAAACCGCAGAAACGCUCCAACGCUGCUGUUUCAAAGACCAAAAAGCGACAAUCUAUUCGCAAAAACUCCAGUACGGCUUUAGCUUCUCCAAAAAUCUCUAGUAACCCGAUUGAUGAGCCUUUCGAGUCGCUUACGUCUACGUCGGUCACAGCGGGUGCUGAACUUACGUCUUCUUCAAGAAACGAUGAAUCUAGCCACGGCCCGCAGAUGGAAGGGAGUCGAAAUCCUGGUGAGGACAUCCAGCAACUUUCUGAAGCGGUUCACAAUUCUCCCUUGCGCCAAAAAGAAUUGCAAGAUGUUGAGCCAAGGGGCCAAGUGACGGGGGAGAGGUCAGCACAUACUCCAAGCCCCGUUUUUAGCAAGGAGGCCGAGGAUAUCACUUCAGUGAGAGUUGCAGAACCAGAAGGCGCAGAGGCUACGUCUGAAGCACUUGAACCUCGCGAGAAUGGGACGUUGGAAGCUAUAAGCAAAGCCCAAAGCCCAAAGCCCCUUGACGUGGAGGAGGCGAGGGAAUCCCAAAACCAAUUCUCUAGAUCCUCAGGGCUGCCUGUAGCGCAAUUUGCAGAAGCAGGUUCGGUAGGUCAAGCAGCUAUAGGAAAUGUACACGGCACUGGAAUAGCCGACGACCCAAUGGUUGGACCUAAUAAUUUGAUGGCUAGAUCAAACGCGCAGAACAAGCCUGUCUCGCGGGUUCCUGAACAUUUUAUAUCUUCCCACGGCUCAAGCUCUAUACCAGAUCCAGAACAGUUAGCGCUACCCCAGCAGCCAUACAUUAAACCUCAUGCCAGCUCUCCCCAGCCGAUGAGCUCAUAUGACAAUGCCAGGCCACGCAAGUCACUACCACCGCUGGCUCCCAAAACACCUUCAGUAAGCGAAGAUGCUUCGCAAGGCCCAGAACAGAAUAGAGGCCUACAAUCUGAACCCCACCAUUUGUCUCAGUUCCAUACUCCAUUUUUUGGCAGGUUAGAUGGGCAAUACUUUCAAGCGUCUCUUGAAUCAGAGACGAGAUCUAUCUAUGGAGACCAAUUCCGAACACCAAGUUCCUCUUAUCCUGUGCCAGUUACAAUUCCCUAUGCCACACCCUACGGCAAUAAACAGCCCAAAAAGUCACAGUCAACGUCAGAAAGCUCUGCAGCUCGUCCAAUGUCAGUGAGUAUGUAUGGGACCUUUAUUGCACAAGAUCCACCAUCUGUACGUGCAGAUCAACCCAUGCCUGCAACUCCAGUCGAAUCACAACUUCACACUCCGAAUACAUUACAGCCAUUGCUCCAGCAUGAUCCAUCAACCACUUUCUCAUAUCAAAGCCAUCAGCAAACUACUAGUACAGGUACAAGUGACCGGGGAGCAGAGGGCAGAGGAAGAGGAAGAGGUAGGGGAAAAGCAAGGAGAAGAGGGAGGGGAAGGGGACUCUUUUCAGGAGUCAUGGAAGGGAACCUUUCGGAUGACAUGAUUGCACAGCUCUCAAGCCAGCUGGUAGGCUUAGAUCCAGAUCAGACUGAUGACUUUUCGACAAAGCUAGGGAAAAGGACAAGGGCUUCAAGCAGAGGUCGUCCUCGUGGCCGACCUCGUGGUCGUGCUGCCGGUCGAAUGGGUGAUGUUCAGAACACUCGAGAUCUCCUACCUUCUCCCAGCCCGAUGAUAGACCCACGAUUGUUGUCUCCGGAAAAAACAAACCAGCCGCAAAUUAAUGGCAACUGGGCUUACCAGUAUCCCACGGGUAUCGGCAACUUGAAUGGUUCAGCUCAAAAUUGUUCAGCAAACCAGUCCGAUUAUCAUGUCGGAGCGGAAAGGUCUUUUAGCUCUAAGAUGCCGUUAGAGUACAGUCAAGUUCCUCGUGGUGGUCCCAUCAAUCGAUAUCCAAAACUUGCUCCAGCCCCACCGAGUAACUACCCGUUAGGCUUGAACGAUUUACCAAAAGAAUCAUCUCCCUUGUCAGAUGAGGACUUUGUUGUACGUCGUCCAAAUGAAACUUUGGAUUCUUUCCAAUCUAGGGCAGCAUUCGAAAGUGCCGCUGCUCAAGCUCGGGCUAGACAUAGAGCUUUAUAUGAGGACAGCGAGUCCAACUCGGAAGAAGAAUCAGGAGAGGAGCAUGAACAACGCAGUGACUCUGACUCGGCUUCUGAAGAUGAGGCCAUUCAAACUAAUGAUGGUUAUAUUUCUGAUGCUGACUCGGACUACCUGGAUUAUAAACAAAGCAUGAGUAAGCUAUCGAAGGACGUCAACAAAUUACGGGGCCUCAAUGAUGAGGAGCAAAAUACUGCUGGCAGUGGCCGUGGCGGCAUUAAGCGUCGUCGUGGGAGAGGCAAAGGGAGUAACCCACAUAGGGGUCCUCGUAAACCCAAAGAGCUUACAGGACCCAUAAAGUUGCGAUUGGGAAAAGCGACACAACUGUUCAUUGGGCAGCAACAUGAUGAAGCUAUGGCUCUAGUUGACGAGGUCAUCGGGAUUAACUCCGAAACAUAUGAAGCCUGGACGUUGAAAGCGUCCUUGUUUCAGGAAAGGGGAAAUAUAGAGUCUGCUAUCGAGUCACUCUGGGUUGCUGCGCAUCUGCGGCAUAAGCACGUUGACCCUUGGUUCAACUGUGCUGCUCUUUGCCUCGAAGGGACUGGCGCAUCUCGUGCUCUCUAUCUUCCAAGGGCUCAGAGAUGUUUUGCGAAUGCAGCGAGAUGCCAACCCACAAAUUUACAAGCGUAUCUUGGUAAAGCUGAUGUUUAUUUCGAGAGAGAGAUGUUUCCUAUGGCCGUCAAUACUUACGAGCAUAUUCUGAAGAAGGUGAGACCCCACAGUCUGGAGGUUAUGCGGAGGGUCGGCGAGAGCGCAAUUGCAGCGUUUCACGCUGGAAUCGCGAAUGGAGAGACUGCAGUUACAGCGGGACGAGCUGAGAUUGAAGUGGCCAUAAAUCGGUACACGAAAGAGAUUGCGCACUUCAAAUCAAACCCUGACGAUUUUGAUGAGGAAAUAGGGUGGUCAGAGGUACUCGCGUAUUCAGAACUUUUCAUUUUUGAUGGCAGAUAUGAGCGUGCUAUCAAGGAACUUAGUUCUCUCGCUCGCUGGCUGGUCGGCCGUGAGGAGGAAUCCUUUUGGGAGGACUUUACCGAGAAUGAUGCCGAAUGGGAUAUUAGUAAUUCUAGAAGGAGUGGAGUUCCGUCAUUUAAACCCGACGCAUUUACUCCAGAGUCUUAUGGCCUCGGGUUGCCUCUUGAACUUCGUGCUAAGCUAGGGAUUUAUCGUCUUCGUCUAGGCCAUGAAGACGAGGCAAUGGCAAGUUUCACAUACAAUGCGAUCUAA